AUGCCCGGAAUUUCACCUGACGUCAUCUGCCACAAGCUCAGCAUCUCCUCUGUCUAUAAACCUGUCAGACAGAAGCGCCGUUCGUAUGAUGCCGAAUGGUAUGAGGCUAUGCGUACCGAAGUUGACAAGCUUAAAGCCAUCGGCUUUAUCAAGGAGGCUACGUACCCUGUCUGGCUUGCCAACUCAGUCAUGGUUCGGAAGGCCAAGGGCGGAUGGCGAAUGUGUCAAGACUAUACUGACCUGAACAAGGCCUGUCCGAAGGAUAGCUUCCCAUUGCCGAGGAUUGACCAGCUCGUUGACGCAAUCGCUGGACACGAGCUGCUCAGCUUCAUGGAUGCCUAUUCAGGGUACAACUAG